CAUUACUGGGAAGGUUGUGUUGGUAGUGGUCAUGCUAAUUUAGGUAUGAGAUCAGAUUGGAGAGCAGCUUUAUUAAAUGCUCACGAAAAAUUAGGUUUACAAAGAGUUAGAUUCCACGGUAUUUUUGAUGAUGAUUUAUCAGUAUAUCAACAAGGACCAAAUGGUGAAGCUAUUUAUUCAUGGUAUGAUGUAGAUCAAGUUUAUGAUUAUAUUGUUGAAAUUGGUAUGGCUCCAUAUGUCGAAUUAAGUUUUAUGCCAGAACUUUUAGCAUCAGGAAAUGCCACUAUUUUCCACUACAAAGGUAACAUCACCCCACCAAAGAACUAUACUCAAUGGGCCGAAUUAAUUCAAGCUUUUAUUAACCAUAUUGUCGAUCGUUAUGGUAUGGAUAUUGUUUCACAAUGGCAAUUCGAAAUUUGGAAUGAACCAAACUGUGGUUUCUGGUCAAGUAGCCAAGCUGAAUAUUUCCAAUUAAUGCAAGUCACUUUUAAUGCAAUUAAAUCCAUUUACCCACAACUCUCAGUCGGUGGUCCAGCUACAUGUCAAUCACAAUGGAUCCCAGAAACCUUAGCAUUC